AUGCUAUGGCAGUGGUGCUCCAUGCUGAUGAGACAGUACGUGGUACAACCGCAGGCAAUCAUUUUUCAGGCAACUGAGUAUUCAGCCAUGGCAUCGUUAGCUGGUGGAUUAGAUGACAUGAAAGCCAAUAUAGCAAGCCCUACUUCUGCAGAUAUAGGAGCUAGUGUUCCGGGUCCUCAGUCAUAUCCUAUUGUAACAGGUCGUGAAUUGGCAAGCACAACCCUCCCAGGAUACCCUCCUCACGUCCCCCCUGCUGGACAGGGCAGCUACUCCGCUCCAACACUGACAGGAAUGGUGCCUGGGAGUGAGUUUUCUGGGAGUCCAUACAGCCACCCGCAAUAUUCAACGUAUAAUGACUCCUGGAGAUUUCCCAAUCCUGGACUACUAGGCUCUCCUUAUUAUUACAGUGCUGCAGCCCGUGGAGCAGCCCCACCAGCAGCCACUGCUGCUUAUGACCGUCACUGACCCAAGGAUCACGGAACUCAAGCACUUACUGAAACAUAUCAUCCUGGACAACAGCAUCUAAAGUCAUCUAGAUAGAAUCAUGCAAGUCACACUGUAAAGGAAGAAGAAGCUGUUUAGUAGGAACAUGCUAGUUGGAAUUUUGUUCUUUAAAUUGGGUGAGCUUAUUUUAUUCAAUUUUAUUUCAAAUCAGCAAAAGUGUAGUGAU